AUGCAGCUUGACCAAGGCAUCAAGGCUAAACUGAUCAAGUCGGCACAAAGGACGCAAAAGGCCAAGAAAUCAGGGAGAUUGAUCAAGGGGAGUGAUCAAGCAAGAGGCCCAACAACAUUAAAACAAGUGGCCCAAAGUCACAUUUCCCCUACUCCCUCCUCUCGGUCAAGACUCUCUCUCUUAUCCUCUUUCUCUCUUCUUCUCUUUCUCUCUUCUUCUCUUCCUCAAAAUUCCCGUCGCCCUUUCCAUUUCCGCGUCGGAGCUGCCGGGAGGAGCUGCUGUCUUGCUGGAGCCGCUGCCUUCUCUGCCGUAGCUGCCGGGAAGACGAGCCACUGCUGUCGCCAUCGAGCUCCUCUGCUCCAGCCGGCUUCACGCCACCGCCGACGUCCUCAGCGAGCCGUCGGUGGUCGGACAGCCCAGGGGCGUCCCCGCCGCCGACCCGAACAGCCCCGCACCAGCCCGAAGAAGACCCGAUUUACUCCGGGCAGCCCCGUACUUAACCCGAACGUCCCUCAAGGUUCAUGUGUGAUGAUAUGCAAUGUAUACAAUGAUCCAAAAAGGAAGGGAUUAUACCUCAAAGAAGGAUUUGAACUUGGUGGUGGAUUGGCAAAAAAAAUGUGUAAUGUGAGGAGGAGAGUUGGAAGGGCUAAAGUAGUGCUUUGGGUGACUCUUGGAUGGAAAGCCUUGAUGGUGGAAGAGGGAAGGUGAAAGAGUUGGAGAUUUGGAAGGUCCUUGGUGGGAAAACCGUCGAUCAUGGUUGAAGAAGAAGGAAAAGGAAUUUCUUUGGGCUUGCUCACAUUUGUUUGGAGAGAUUUGGGCUUCUAAAAUAAUUAAAAUUGUUUUGGGCUCAUUUAGUUGUAAGCCCAAAUUUGUAUAAUUGUUUAUUUGUUAGACUUUUUAAUUGUUAUGGCCAAAAGCCAUUUUAUAAACAUUGGACUUUAUUAUUAUUAUUAUUUUUUUCUUAGGUCA